UGAGAAUGAGGAGGAAGAUAUACGAUGUCGAACUUCUACGGAGAUGGGUAUUAGCAAUGUGGUGAGGACAGUGGAAGAGCCAGAGCAGGGAGAGUUCUGGGUAUCUAGUGUCCGGUUUAAGGAGGGCCCCGACCCGAAUGAUAGUCUGACGGUUGGGGUUUUGAGUAUUGGGUUCGAGAGUUGCGAGGAAGAUUCUGAUGCAGCUCCGGUGUGUGCUGAGAAAAUGAGUGAGGAAUCAGAAGAAAAUGGAGCCGAUGAUACUAACCUUGACAUUAAAAUCUCGCCGAGGGGCGAAGGGCCGAAGGUUAUUCAGGAAACGUGGGUAGAUCGAACCACGACACAUGAAGAGAUACUAAUGAUUGAAGAAUGCAGAGACUUGAAAAAGACUAGCGAUACUCAAAACAAGGGGGCAGAGGACUCAGACACAAGAUAUGAGCUUGCCCCAGCGUUUAAGUGUGCAAAGCCAGAUAUCAGCUAUGAGUUGGCUCAACUUUCUGAGACCAUCAAGCCAGAUGUUAGCUAUGAGUUGGCUCAACUGUUUGAGACCCUUGAUCUUGACAUGGGUUGUGAGCUUGCCCAACUAUUUGAGUAUGUUGACCCGGAUGUCGGCUACAAGAUGGCUCAUCCUCUUGAGACCGUCGAGUCGGACGUCAGCUAUGAGCUGGUGCAACUAUUUGGGACCAUCGAACAUGAUGACGAUUAUGACUUAGCUCAACUCUUUGAGGCCUCCGAACCGGGUAUCGACUAUGGGCUUACCCAACUGUUGGAGACCGUCGAGCCGGACGACGACUAUGAGCUUGCACAACUGUUUGAAACCCUCGAGUCCGACGUCGGCUAUGAUCUUGCCCAACUGUUGGAGACCAUCGAUACGUCCGGAAACGAUGUUGGGUAUAGUUUUAAGAGUCAAAAUCUGGUAAUUAUGAAAGAUAUUGGAGAUUUCAUAAUGGAUCGAUGCACGACGGUGAGUGUUGAAGGAGAAUUAGACGGGAACCUUUUGGAAGGACAAGACAAUGAGAUUCGACUUUCAUCUGACCAAGAAGGCGGAGGAAAUGCCAUCGUGGAAGUUAAGUUUAUUGAGGAUGCUGACCAUCUUAAAAGCACGUCGAGAGAAUUUAAGGAACUGUCAGAACUCAGGGAAGAAUUUCAAGUGAAGAAAACCAUUAUUGACGAUAAUGAUUCGAUCAAGACUGGAAAUUGGCUUUAAUUUCGGCAUCUUACUUGGCGUGGCUGAUCGUCUCAUUACGUUUGAUC